UUCUAUUUCGAACGAAAGGCCACCCAUCGGAAGUCAACAUCUUUUCUACUCCGUAUGUUUUAUUAGUGGGGGAGGAAGAUUAGUGCAGUCGUAUACUUUCACCAUUUUCUCGAUGGAUAUAUAGGCUGGUGAUAGGGUCAAACGGAAAGAAAGAGAGAUAGUGAGAGAGAGAGAGAGUGGAGAUAAUCAAGAGAGGUAUGUUCUUCAGCGCUUAUUUGCAGUAAAUGCGCACAUGAUUUCGAGUCUUUAUAAUUGGUUUCAUGAAAAGUUAGAGAGAGAUUAGAGAUUGGAAAAGCUUUUAUCUUUCAGGGGAUGGAAGCUGAGGCCGAACGAUAAACGGAACUCUUUCAGAAGAAAAUUCUCUGCACUAGUUCCUGCCACUGUGCCUUUUAGGGAUCUGAAAAGUUGGUGUUCUUCGAAUUUUGAGCUUGAGUCGAAAUGCUAGAUUCAUUGAUGAAUUCAUCUUCUUCCAUCAGUACACCCAUCCUCUAACUUGUGGACCUCAAUUUCGCUAUUUCAGAUUGCGGAAUCUCUUGUUUCUGAAUCUUCAAUACAAAGGUCAAUUUGGGCUCCCUCGGAUCUAUGACUAAUUUUCGAUAGUUGGUACUUUGUAUUUGAAUGUUUGCGUAAAGCAAACGAUUCUUUGGCUUUCUCUCUCUCCUUAAGGUCAGGGGUGUUAGGUUUUUGAAAAACGAAGGGCUGUCUAAAGCUUUAAGAUUUAUCCCCUUUUGCUUUUCUGUAGAUAGGGUUUGGGCUCGCCCUCCUUCUUCUAGGGUUUUAAUGGGAUAAGUAAACUACUACCUGCCUCUGGUGUUGAACUGGAGCUCAAUUCAGUCAGUUUGUGGCAUACUUCGUGUAAUUGGCCGUACAUCCAAAAAAGUUUUCAUGCAUCUUUCACUAUGGAAGCCAAUAUCUUUCUGUGCUUCUCUGGUCUUGGACAAAAAGGGAAGAAAGAGAGAUGGGGCUAACCAUUCCAAGGAAGAAGUUAGGAACCCAUCAGUUCUGAGGAAAUUACAAGAACACAAGCUCAGGGAGGCACUUGAGGAAGCAUCUGAAGAUGGUUCUCUUUUUAAAUCCCAAGGGAUGGAUGCUGAAGCCAUGGAAAACCAAGACGGGAGCUUGGGGAGAUCAAGGUCACUUGCAAGACUUCAUGCCCAGAAGGAAUUCCUCAAAGCCACUGCUCUGGCUGCGGAUCGAAUAUUCGAGUCAGAGGACUCCAUCCCAGAGCUCCAUGAAUCCUUCGCCAAAUUCCUCACCAUGUACCCCAAGUACGAGAGUUCAGAGAGGGUUGAUCAGCUGAGGUCAGAUGAGUACUCUCACCUUUCUGGAUCCAGUCCUAAGGUAUUUCUUGACUACUGUGGAUUUGGCCUGUUUUCAUUUCUGCAAACUGUUCAUUAUUGGGAUUCGUCCACAUUUAGCUUGUCCGAGAUCACUGCCAAUUUGAGCAACCAUGCUUUGUAUGGGGGUGCUGAGAAAGGCACUGUGGAACAUGAUAUUAAAGCAAGAAUUAUGGACUACUUGAACAUCCCUGAGAAUGAGUAUGGUCUAGUGUUUACUGUUAGCCGAGGCUCUGCUUUUAAAUUGCUGGCUGAAUCAUACCCUUUUCACACAAACAAGAAGUUGUUGACAAUGUUCGAUCAUGAGAGUCAGUCUGUUAAUUGGAUGGCUCAGGCUGCCAGGGAGAAAGGGGCUAAAGUCUACAGUGCAUGGUUCAAAUGGCCAACCCUCAAACUCUGUUCAACAGAUUUGAGAAAACAAAUUUCAAACAAAAAAAAGAGAAGAAAAGACUCCGCUGCUGGGCUCUUUGUUUUUCCUGUUCAAUCCAGAGUUACUGGUGCAAAGUACUCUUAUCAAUGGAUGGCUCUUGCUCAGCAAAAUAAUUGGCAUGUCCUGCUAGACGCCGGUGCACUGGGGCCUAAAGACAUGGAUUCCCUAGGUCUGUCUUUGUUUCGUCCAGAUUUCAUCAUCACAUCUUUCUAUAGGGUAUUCGGAUAUGACCCGACCGGAUUUGGUUGUCUUCUCAUAAAAAAAUCCGUCAUGUCAAGCCUUCAAAGUCAGUCUGGCCAUGCUGGAUCUGGUCUAGUGAAAAUCACUCCCGUGUUCCCCUUGUAUUUGAGUGAUUCUGUUGAUGGCUUCCCAGGAUUGGCUGAAGAUGGUGAAGCAGGAGGGGACAAUAGUGAGGUUAUCACAGAAUCUUGGCCAGCGUCUCAGCUGCCUGCCUUUUCUGGUGCUUUCACAUCUGCACAGGUCAGGGACGUUUUUGAUACGGAGAUGGAGCAUGAGAACUUUUCAGACAGAGAUGGAACUAGCACAAUAUUUGAAGAGACUGAAAGCAUAUCUAUUGGUGAGGUAAUGAGAAGUCCUGUGUUCAGUGAAGAUGAAUCAUCUGAUAACUCUCUGUGGAUAGAUUUGGGUCAAAGCCCUUUGAGUUCAGACAGUGCUAGCCAUUCAUACAAACAGAAGACGUCCUCUCCGGCACCGCCAUUUUGGUUUUCUAGCAGGAAGAAUGAAAAGCGUCUAUCUCCAAAACCUUCCAAGAUAUUGAACAGCCCAGCAUACGACAAGGAGGUGAAUCACACUGACCAUGUUCUAUCGUUUGAUGCUGCUGUGCGUUCAGUGUCUCAAGAGUUUGACUAUUUUCAUGGUAUUCCAGAAGAAGAACAGUUCCCAGAAGGAAAUAUUGUUUCAAGAGCAUAUGUUCAUCAUGAGAUAGAAGAAGAAACAGAAGCUAGAAAUCCUGAUCAAAUGGUCAGCUCUGCAUUGAAAGGGUUUGGGCGUAAUGAGGCUUCCACUUCUGAAUGUCUUCCGAACGGUUCAAGCUCUGAGAUAAGUCAUGAGGUUAAUGAGAGUGCAAUAAGAAGAGAGACAGAAGGUGAAUUCAGGUUGCUAGAGCGGAGGGAAGGGAGCAGAUAUGGCGGUGGUAGAAUUUUUGGCAGAGAAGAGGUUAAUCAAUCUAGGAGCAGGGGAAGAAGAGUUUCCUUUACUAUGGAAGAUAGCUACCAAGAACCUGGGGACAGCAGUGUAGAUGAUGAUGAGCGUACAAGUAAUGUGGAAUAUGAUGGACAAGAUUCAGACAGGAGAGAACCUGAGGUAAUAUUGAAGCAUCUCGAUCAUAUUAACAUGUUGGGUCUCAACAAAACAACUCUUCGGCUAAGGUUUCUGGUCAACUGGCUUGUAACCUCGUUGCUGCAAUUAAGACUGCCCGACUCGAAUGGAGAAGGGAAUGUGUCCCUUGUUUACAUCUACGGACCCAAAAUAAAAUAUGAGAGAGGGGCAUCUGUUGCAUUUAAUGUGAGAAACAGCAACAACAGGAGCAGCAUUGUAAAACCAGAAGUUGUGCAGAAGCUGGCUGAAUCGCACGGAAUUUAUCUCGGCAUUGGCAUCCUCAGUCACAUUCGGAUCUUAGAUAGUUCAAAGCAGCAGCGUGGGUCAUCCAGUCUCGAAGACACUGCAGUGUGCAAGCCAAUGGAUAACGGCAGACACAACAGCAAAAGUGGAUUCAUAAGAGUCGAAGUCAUCACUGCAUCUCUUGGCUUUUUGAGUAACUUUGAAGAUGUGUACAAUUUGUGGGCUUUUGUGGCUAAAUUUCUUAACCCAGAGUUUAUCAACCCGAGUUUCCUCCCAACUGUUGCUGAAGAAGAGCCUGAGGAUUGAAUACAGAAUGCUGCCCCGGAGGAAGAUAUGCUAUAUACCCAAAAGAAGAUAAGGAUUCAAGCUUUACUCUUCGGCACAUGUAGGAUUAUUUGUUGAUUCUUGUUUUAACAUGCUUUUAUUUUUUAUAUUUUCGGCUUUUGGUAUUUUGAUGUGGAGUUAAAUUUAGAUAUUUGUAUUAUCUCUAGGCAGUGAUGAUCAAUGAACUAAAGCAUAUACUACAAGUUAUCUAAUUAUCCUUAUUAGCAUUUUGUGGCGGGGUAUUUAUCACUAUCUUCUUGGUACAUAUCCUCAUCUAUUGUUGCUGCUAUAUGAUGUUUAACGCAUCUUCGUUACUUUCUAGCUUUUAUAAAGCAAGAUGGCUGGUUUGUCUUUA